AAAUAAACUACAGCUCCCAGCAGCCCUUGCUGCAGGAAGCUGUAGUUUAUUUCCUGUUUCAUCACUCAGUCAGUGUGGGUGCGGCAUGUGAUGCUGCCCCCGCGCUCUUACUGUUGGCGGCCCCACAGCGCAGCACUGCAGGAGAGGAGACAGAGAGACAGUCCUCACUGCUGGGAGCUGAGCUCUCUGGCUUUCAGGGGGCGGAGCCAAGCUCAGGCAGACGAUACAGACAGAAGGCCCCCACUCCGGAGGAGCAGAGGUGACAGGAAGUGUCGCCACCUUUCUCCUGGAUAUGAUGCUCCGCCCCCCUGCAGUGCCCCCUGCAGUGUCUCUAGGGAGAGACAUGAUGACAUAGGGGUUUGAGGAGGAGGCAUUCCAGCUCACAGUGCAGCAGCAGCCCAGUGAGUCCGGGGUCAGACCUCCGGUGACCUUUUCCCCACCUGCCGUCAGUUACAGAGCUUGGGGUGGAUGGAUAUUUUUCUCACCGGCCGAAAGAGAAAAUGCGGACAGACAGCAAUAAUGAGAAUUCCGUCCCAAAAGACUUUGAAAACAUUGAUAACAGCAACUUUGCCCCAAGGACUCAAAGGCAUAAGCACCAAACAGAUCUAGUGAAAAAACCUCUUAGCAAACAGAAAGAACAUUUAAAAAGGAAGUUAGCGCUAGAAGAGAAAGUAAAAGAAAACUCACUGCUGGGGAAAAAUUCCAAUGAAGUUUUACACUAUGUGGGUCACCCUUCCAAGAACCUCAGCACGAACAGCCUCAAAGAUGAGUACAAAAGCACUAAACUGCACCAUACCAAGAAAACUGGCAGCAGCUCCCCUGAAAUCGGGAAGUAUGAGCUGCCCCCAAAAUGUGAGAUUACUGGCAAGGAAGCAAUAUCGGCACUGUCCCGGGCCAAAUCAAAACAGUGUCGCCAAGAGAUCGCCGAGGUCUAUUGUCAACACAAGCAGGCGAAGUUGAUGCCGGAGAAAGUAACAAGACUUUGUCCUCUGGAAGGAAAGGCGAACAACAACGUUCAGUGGGAUGAAGACUCCAUUGAGUACAUGGUGGCCAACCCAGUAAGGAUAGUCUUUGUUUUGGUUGUCCAUGGCAGAGCCUCUCGACAACUCCAGCGGAUGUUUAAGGCAAUUUAUCACAAGGACCAUUACUAUUACAUCCAUUGCGACAAGAGAUCCAACUUCCUGCACAGGCAGGUGAACCAAUUUGCCAGUCAGUACCCUAAUGUCCGGAUCACUCCGUGGAGAAUGUCAACCAUCUGGGGAGGGGCAAGUCUCCUAUCCACCUACCUGCAAAGCAUGAGGGAUCUGCUGCAGAUGUCAGACUGGUCAUGGGACUUUUUCAUUAAUCUCAGUGCUGCAGAUUAUCCAGUCAGGACGAAUGACCAACUGGUGGCAUUUCUCUCAAGAUAUCGAGAUAUGAACUUUUUGAAGUCACAUGGGAGAGACAAUGCAAGAUUUAUCCGGAAACAGGGUCUGGACAGGUUGUUCCUGGAAUGUGACACACACAUGUGGCGUCUGGGGGACAGGAAGAUCCCUGAAGGGAUUACUGUAGAUGGUGGCUCAGACUGGUUUCUCCUCAACAGGAAAUUUGUGGAAUAUGUGACCUUUUCCAAUGAUGAUCUAGUUACAAAGAUGAAACAAUUCUAUUCCUACACACUGCUUCCUGCUGAGUCUUUCUUUCAUACUGUUUUGGAAAACAGCCCUUAUUGUGACACCAUGGUUGAUAAUAAUUUGCGAAUCACUAACUGGAAUCGAAAACUAGGCUGCAAAUGUCAAUAUAAGCACAUUGUUGACUGGUGUGGCUGUUCUCCAAAUGACUUCAAGCCUUCUGACUUUCAUCGCUUUCAGCAAACAGCAAGGCCUACCUUUUUCGCCCGAAAAUUUGAAGCUGCGGUGAACCAAGAAAUUAUCGGGCAGUUAGACUAUUAUUUGUACGGUAACUACCCAUCCGGCACACCUGGCCUGAGAUCAUACUGGGAGAAUCUGUAUGAUGAACCUGAUGGCAUUCACAGUAUCAGUGAUGUCAUGCUGACUAUGUUCCAUUCGUUUUCCCGCAUGGGACUCAAAAGGGCCGAGGCAUCUUUGCAUACCAAUGGAGAAAACAGUUGCCGGUACUAUCCCAUGGGCCACCCUGUGUCAGUCCAUCUUUAUUUCCUCGCUGACCGCUUCCAGGGCUUUCUUAUUAGACAUCAUGCCACUAAUCUUGCAGUCAGUAAGCUCGAGACGUUGGAGACCUGGGUAAUGCCAAAGAAGGUUUUUAAAAUUGCCAAUCCCACUAGUGAUUUUGGAAGGCUGCAGUUUUCUGAGGUGGGAACUGAGUGGGAUGCCAAAGAAAGAAUAUUCCGGAACUUUGGCAGCGUUAUGGGGCCUAUGGACGAGCCAAUCGCAAUGCAGAAAUGGGGGAAAGGCCCAAAUAUAACAGUCACUGUUGUGUGGAUCGAUCCUAUAAAUGUCAUUGCUGCCACCUACGAUAUUCUUAUUGAAUCCACUGCGGAAUAUACGCAUUACAAGCCACCCCUGAACGUGCCUCUCCGACCGGGAGUCUGGACUAUUCGGGUACUACAUCACUGGGUCCCUGUAGCCGAAACUCGAUUUCUAAUAACGCCACUUACAUUUUCCAACCGGCAGCCCAUUAAGAGCGAUGAAGUGGCCAAGUUCCAUGGAGGCCCACCAAAAAAUGCAUACAUGGAGCAGAGUUUCCAAGGAUUGAAUCCAGUAUUAAAUAUACCAAUUAACUCUGUGCAAGUGGAACAUGCAAAGAGGAAUGCAGCACUUGUAGGGGCCAAACUGGAAAGCUGGGUUGACAGUUCAGCAAGUAACAUCUGGUCAGCAGUGGACAUAUGCACCAUGGGACCUUCCUCCUGUCCAGUCAUGCAGUCUUGUUCUCAGACAGCAUGGAGUUCUCUCAGCCCCGACCCCAAAUCAGAACUUGGACUUGUCAAACACGAUGGGCGGUUGAGGUAGCAUCCGGUGCACCCUACAAUGUUAUGGGAUUUAAAAGGGAAAUUAACCGUUUGCCACCACAAAAAAUAAACAACUUCCUGAGCAAAUGAAAGGGUUUACUUUAAGAAUUGCCCACCAGAAUAGGUGUUUCAGAAGUCCUUCCUCUUCGCCAUUGUAGGUUUUUAUGUUCAGACUGACAUUAAUAGCACUUCCCUACAAUUGGCAGAGCACUAACAACAGACGCUGACCAAGGGCUCAAAUGCGCAAAGAUUCCUUUAUUAUUGAGUCAUGAUAAGUCCCUUUCUUCAUUUGCACAAAUGUCCUAUUUUUCUACUUCUGUGUAUGUUGGUGUGUGUCAGUGUUACAAAGAAGCAUUCUAAAAAGGAGUAUGUCAUAUGUCAUUUAAUGAACAUGGUUUCUUUCAUCACAUGUAAGAAAUUAUAGCAAAAGGUGGCCUUUUAAUGACUCCUGUGUUGCCAAAGAAGUCCCAAAUGGCAUUGCAGACAACUCUGGCAGCCAAAGGGUUAUAGGAUGGAUAUAUUCUUAUAUUCACGUUUUUAAGGCACAUGUGUACCUAGUGCCAACCAAUUAGUUGUUCGCUUUCAUUAAUAUUACACUGAAAUUAUCAAAGCUGACAUGUGAUUGACUAGCAGCAGUACAGCACAUUUGUGUGUCUGCAACAUGAUAUUCAAUAAACCAUAACAUGCUGUGAUGUAGUUAAGGUCAGAAAGUAAACAUUAACCCCUCCCUUGCAGGAAUCCAACCACCACCACCAAGUUUGGGAAAAACUUUAAGGAGCAACCAUUGUUUGUGCACAGUGGAAGCAGUGUCACUGGCUCCUAUGUCCUGACCGUAAGGCUGCUUUCCCUGUCUCAGUGACCGGUGCUCAUUAUUGUGCCCUAACAUUUUGCACACACUAAAAAUAUUUAGAGUCUCCCAGUGGUUAAAUGUGUGCAGUGGAAGCCCUUUGUAAUGACCCUGAUGAUUGAUUGGCUGUGAAAUUCUGCAAGUACACUGCAAGUUGACGUGCAAAAUUUAGAUUUCAGCAUCAUCUUGUAAAUGGGGACAUCGUUUAUGUUGGAGACACAAGGUUAACACAUUAUAUACUACAUUAGUGGGUUUACUUAAUAAGAACCAAAGAGAGAAAAGUCUUCCUGCACCCCUAUGCGACAUCUCCACCACCAUGGAAUGGGCGAGUCUGCUUUUAGAUCAGUAAGAGCUUCCAGCACUUAAGCAUUUAACCCUUCACUGCCAGAAGCACAUUCCCCCUGUUCCAUUAGCUCUUUGGCAGCCAUUGUUUUCAUAUGCAUCUAUUGAUAGCAGAAGUCUAUAAAUUGUCUUCUUCACGUUAUAGGAAAGUCUGUAACUUCAGAAUGGAUGUUUCAGUUGUGAAUAUAAAACAGAUUAUGCGUUAUGUGUAAUCUCAUGCAAACACCCUUUCAUCUAAUUUGUAUAAUUCCAUCUGUGGAGGUCUGUGUUCCCAGAUGUACCAAUUAUAUUGUUAUCAGCACUUUAUUUGAUUAUACUCUCUUUGAUUUGAUGAUAUAUUCUUAACUCGGUUGAAUUCCCUUUUAAAUGUAACUUUCCCUGAUGGCAAGGUUGUAAUACUGUUCAAUCAGUGAUUCAUAUGACCAGUUUAACCCUUGCAGUGUGUGCUGUGGAAAGUUUUGCUACAGUCAUAUGACUCUCACAGAUGGACCAGGAAGUUCUAUGGUAGGGUUAGCUGUGCUAACAUCAUGUUCUUAGAAGCCAGAACAUUGCAAGUGUGCAGUACUGCCACCUCUGGCAAGAUAGUAACCUAUAGGUAGAAAAAUAUAUAUUCUAGUUAUUUAUUAUUUAUAUUUUUAGUCAAUGACUAAUUAGCAAGUGCUGCUUUUGCAGCUUGAAGUUUAUCUUACUAACUACAGCUGCCUUUCUUCAGUAAAGGCCUGGCGCUUCGCAUUUUAUUGUGUUACAACCAAGAAUAGACCUGGCGGUAAUGUUUAGGUUUCUACUACCCAUUUAUUUGUAUAUUUUUUUAUUUUUACUGUACUGUAUCUUUUGAAACCAUAGUUUUAAAUGGUAACUUAUUGACACAUCUCUUCAGGCAUUUUUUGUUUCAUGUUUUAGCUAAUUUGGACUUUUUAUGUUUUUGUCAACUCUUUUAUUUAUACAACUUAAAGAUAGAGGCAGCCAUUUUGUAUGCUCAGCCAAUAGUCAGCAUAGCAGCUAGUGACAUCACUGAGGUGUAAAGUUUGAAGUGUCUCAUGUCUCAUUUGUGUGACUAGAUCCUCAAAAUUACAUUCUUAUUAAUAUUAGUUUAGACUGUGAAAUGACUGCAUCCAUGAAACGUUGGUGGGGCACUUUAAAGCCGGGUACACAUUAGAACGAUAUGAUUCUGGGUGAGGUAUCGUAUUGCCCAUACACACUAAAAUAAUUUAAUGAACAACAUAACAAUCCCUCAGUCCGUCCUUCAUUAAAAUACACUGGGUCGCAUAAUUGGCCAUGCAGCACGCAACCAGAAGAUAUUGCAUGUGACCCACAAGACUGUGCAAAAGGGCAUACUUAGUGCCCAAUAUGCACGAUAUGGUUUUCUGAUUUGGUCGGAAACAACAUUGUGCCGAUAUUGUCAUAGUGUGUACCCACCCUGUGGCUGCCCAAAGACGUGUUGAGAGAUUGCACCAGUCCAGUUUCUCAGGAGUCAUCCUCACAUUGGACUCAUGCAUUUUCUAGUUAAUUAAUGACUGUUCUCCAUGACACGUGAUUUCCUGUCACAUCAUUGAAUCUUCUUUAAAUCAUGCGUGAAAAGGCAACAAAUAGUAACAUUUCUGGUCAGUUUUGUAAAUUGACCAAUCAAAACUGCACAGUAUGUCGGCAGCUUAUACACUUUACCUUUUAACUAUUGAUUUUUUUUCUUUUACCCAUCGUAGAUGGACGUAUUACAGAUUGAAAUGAAUACUUUGCAGUUUGUGAGCAUAUUAAGUGAUGUUCUAUGAGUAGAACAUGCCAUAUUAUCGGGAUAGUAGUUGGGCAUUUUUAACUCCUUCACUGCCUGUGUUUCAGCAUCCCAUCGAAGCUCCCAUGAGAAGUUAAUUGAUUCCUCUGAUAAUAUUGUGCAGAAAUCUGUGUUCCCUUAGUUCACAGAGUAAAUACAAAUGCUCAUAUUAAUAAAAUGGACAGCUAAACUAACAAAGUUGAUAUGCGGAAGACAUUGUAAACGCGGUCCAGCCAACCUCCCUCUGCCUAACCCUGGCCACCACCCAACACACACAGCUUAAUCAUAACCCUAGUACUCACCGCUUGGAUUUUGACCAGUGGAAUAUCGCUUCCUGGAUUGUGACCAUCGGGAUGGUGACCGCUGGAAUUUUAAGUACACCCCCUGUAAAUAUAGUACAAUGCAAUCUUUUCACAUAACACAUAGAUUAAUACCAUGAAAUCUUGUGUGAUCUUUGGAAAGUCUGUUUAUCCCUGUAUCUCAGGUACCCAAAGAACAUUUAUGUAAAGUACCAAGUAAUGUUCCUAUAGUUGUAUCCUCUAGUUCUACCAGUGCGGACUAUUUAAGCAUUGUCUUCCUCCAGGCAUUGGUGUCCAUACAUACGUUCAUUCAUUUUCACCGGUAUCAUGGUUACAGAAGAUGAAGCUCUGGCUGCUUUUAGAAUCCUAUAACUACACAUGGCCUGGACAUGGCUCCAAAUGGGAUUAUUAUAGAGUGCAAGUACAGGUAUGACAUUCGUUAAUACUGUGGCUUUAGGUUACGGGUGAGCCUAUUUCUCUUAUCUGCUUUGGUAUAAUGUACAUCUAAAGGUAGCUCAGAGCUUUUGUCAGCAACAAAGGAAUGGGCACAAUACAGCCGUUCUCCAGCCUCUUUCAUGCUAAAUUAAGGUAAUUUAGCACAAAACAUAUAGGGCUAAAUAUAAUUCCAUGCGGGACUUUGUGUGAGUCUGCCCAUAUUUUUAAAGUGCCAGUCACUUACAAGGCAAAACCAACCUGGAUUUGCCUGGUAAGUGAUUGUGCUAGUCUGCCCGUAUUUUUAAAGUGCCAAUCGCUUACAAAGAAAAAGCCGCACCUAGUCUGCGCUGUAAAGACCAAAAUGUAUGUGAUCUCAGAAGGAUUCAUCAAACACUUUUCUGUCAUUAACAUUGAGUUUCACAAUGUAGAGUAGGAGUGACCGAUAUCUCCAGUCUCUUAUUUAUUCAGACAACCUAAUAGAUAAACAAUACAUUAUGUGUGAGGUCAUAAUCUUUGUAAUGAACCUCGCAGCAAAGCUCUGAUGUACAAACAAAAAAUCUGCCGCUAUUGCCGCCUGUAUCCGUUCAACUGUACCUUAUAAAGUACCAUGUUAAAUAAACCUUGCCAUUACCACAUACCAAACUCAUGCCAUUUGUGACGGCUGCUUUGAGUUGGCACAGUAUUUUGCUUCUGGUUAAUAGAUGACUACAGUACAUCUGAAAUGUAAAAAAAGCUUUAUCUACAAUACAAGGGCCAUUAAUGCCAUUGUCAAAUAUAUAUGUGAAGAUGCUCAUUCAUGUAUACAGUAUGUUCAUGUAAGGAAGAUAAGGCCAUCUGGUGACUGGGCACAGUUCUUGCAGCUGGAUGGUGACUGCCCCACAAUCGGAUUGUACACAUCAUCUGAUGGCCUUUUUCCAUCUGUCCCUAUCAUCAUCUGAUCGCAUAAAGUGUUUUGCGUCCAAUAAGGUCUACACUUGGCCUGACAGUUGGAAUUUCAGUCUCCGAGAUUUGAGUGAUGCAAUCAGACUUCCUGUUAGUAAUGGUACAAUAGAACAGAGCAGGGGAGCUUGGGGUACCUAAAAUGACAAAAUACUGGGCCUGACUCAGAGGUGCGACGCAGUUGCGAAAAUAUGCUAAUGACUUAGUUGCUGUCUGGUGUACAGAGAUGCCCAUUGUCGGCAUCUCAUAUUCACUGCUUACAUACAAAUCACGCAACAUCGGUGGCACAUCGGUCACACCAUUGAACGUCUGAACAACCGUAUGGUGUCUCAGAAUGGUCGGGGCCAGUCCAUCUGCGCACAAAUUUGCAGUGGCUGACUAGGACAAGCCCAGAAAACGGUAGUCACACACCUGCCAUUUUGCAGCCACCACUGUUACCUUCCCCAAACAAUCACUACCAUCACCAAUCACAGGACGUGCGUCUGUAAUGCAUGCGUAGUGGCAAAAAUUGCUCCACUGCAUCCGACAUCUACAUGUACCCACCUCUGCAUCAGGCGCACUGUCGCAGCAGUGAGGUGGAUAACAAUGUGAACUUAUUAGGGCCUGUUUGUAAAUGUUUACUUCUACACAUUUCUAAUUAUUUGUUAAUGUGUCAGCUUGUAUUUAUAGGUUUUAGUGGUUCUGCUGUAACACUUUGGUUUACUGAAUUCAUUCCCCCAAGGGUGCUACCACCGGUGCUACCUCUCAGCGUUCACACAGUUACCUGACGGAACAGUCUCCUUUAGUAACAUACAAUAAUUUGAAUGUAUAAACUAUGCAAACCAUGUCUUAUUUUAUUUUAUUUUAUUUCACCUUCAUCAAGCUUGGAAGAUUAAAUGUUACCUUGCCUUAUAAUCAGCAAGAAACUGUACAGGCUUCUCUGAUAACAGAGCAAAAAUGUUUGGCGCUGUUCACAGUGCUGUAUUUGUAAUAAUGUCAAUUUUGUCUAUGUUGUAAAACUUGCUGUUUAUUUACCUUGACUGUCCAGUGGUUAUACUACAAUUACCAUCAUCCUCUAGUAAGAUGCUUGUGAGUUAUAUUAAUGGAAUUAUAGACAAACAACUAAGGCUUAAAACUGCUGUUGUAAAACUUCCUGCCAACUAAAUCAUUGAAAAAAAUAUUCAGUUUUACCAUUUGUACAGUAGAUAUUCCCUCUCUCUCUCUCUAUAUAUAUAUAUAUAUACAGUAUGUUCCCGCGUUUCGACUUAGAUAGAUUUUGUCACAGAGGAGGAAUAUUUCCACCAAACCUCUAGUCAGAGCAUCACAAAAGCAGCCAGCCAGUGGGGUUAUUUACAAUACUGGAAAUGAAUACACUUCUCAAUAUGGACCUGUAGCAUAGUAUGUUUCGCUUUUCGGAUACUGGGUGGAUUGAAGCAGAUACUGUAGGUGCAUUAUGUAUUAGUAGUUCCAACUGAGUGUUUGCCACCAAAGCAGUGUCGGACUGGGGCAUGUAGGGCCCACCGGAAGGAUGAAGUGGUAGGGAUCCAUGUUUAGGGUGUGGCCAGUCUGCAGAGGGGGUGUGGCCUACCACCUCAUUGGUUUGACUAACCAUUAGAGAGCGCAACGUCUGGGCCCCUUCAUAAAUAUAUACAGUAAAUUCAGCUACUGCAUGCAAGAUAAUGUUCCAGAUUAAUAACACCAUGCUGUGUAUAAGGGCUGUCACGUACAUUUGCUGAAGAGGCCGCCAGUGACUGACCACACAACUGCAGAUCACCUGUAAAUGCCCACCCAGUUGUGACGUCCGGCACAACACAUUGGGGUCGAUGAUAGCUAAGUGUGUAUGCACUUACCAAUCACCACAUAGGUCAGCCUAGUGUGUACCCAGCAUAAGCCAUAUCAAGCGUAUAAUUCAACACAUAAACAAAUGUAACAAAAAAAAUAAUCAGAACACUUGAUAUAGCAACAGUCUAAAAUCACCUUAUGAUGUCUAAAAUAUUAAUGGUAGAAGUCUAUACAAGUGGCAGAAGUCAAUGUUUUGCUACUCCACCAACAUUGACGUCAUAAUAGAUCAAACUUACUGUAUUGUGUUUUGCUUGGGCAUGACUAGGGUGGCGCAGAUACAGCUGCAGAAGGGCUAAGCUGUGUUUUCAUAAAUUACACUCUCUUUAUGGUCUUCUAAGUUUGGUCAUCCACAGUUUUAAACAUGACCUACCAGAAACUAGUCGCCAGGUUCGUUAUAAAUGCUAUUUGUUAUGUGAAAUCUGGGUUGAACCAUUGGGGGCUUAUUCACAGUUCCAAAAAAUGUCCAACUCUUCUCCAAAUGAACACUGUUCCAUAGAAAAGUCUGAUUUCUGUUUUUGACACAUCCAGUACGAUGAUGGACUAACUCUAAUGCACCCCCACUAGGUUUCCAUUUGUGAAGUGCAACGGAAUUUGCUGCACUUUAUAAUAAACUACAAAUAUAACAGACUUAUAAGGCUUCUAAUAGAAAUUUAAGUUUUGAUUAUUAUUGAAACGUAUUACAAAGACAAAUGUGUCAUUACUGUUAUUUGUUUUACAUUAUAGUACGCUUGCCUUGAUGUUUAUAGUAUAGUGUGGUGUUGUGCUGUGUUAGGAAAAGCCUUAUGUUGUAUACUUUAAGGAGUGGCCUUAAGUUGGACUGGGAUAAUGGCUGCAAUUCUCUUUUUGUGUGUAGAAAAAGACUCUGUCAUUUUACAGGCUGUUUCUGAAAAAUGAAAACUAGCAGAUUGGUUGGUAAUUUAUCUCUCUCCACGCUUUGAUAAAUAUCCCGAUUAAUCUUUAAGUCAAGGAAUGAAAAGAACAGUUGAUAUUAUUUGUUGAGCUUUGCUAAAAUUAUAAAGCAUACAUAGACCUCUAUUUCAAUACUCUUCAAUAUACAGGUGCGAUAUUCGACUGCGCAUAUCACUGUAGAAUACUGUAGCCCAACAUUGCCAAAUUUCCUGCGCCCCUCUAUGUGGAACAAAGGAAAUCUGGCAAUGUUGCUAGUUACUAAGUACCACCGUUCCAAUGGAACUUCAAAAUUGAAAGUUAGCGUUACAGUAGGAUACCAGUAGCUCAUCAUUGCAUCCAGUUGAAAAUGGCAUUGGUGGCUUGCUUAUCUACCAUUUAAUUAUUUACAUGGUGAUUGUUCACUAUAAUCCCUAAGAGUUCAUCCAAACAGAAUACAAAUUGAGAAAACUACAUGGUACUGGUGUACAGUAUAUUAAAUGAUGGGAGAAACAAAUUGAACCCCAAGUUGCAUUAUUACAGUUGUCAUUUGGUCAUUUUUUGCCCCUGGAUAUAAGAACUAUGUCCUGUGCACUAAAAUUACUUUUAAAUUCAGGUUCUGUUGGCUGCAAUUUAAGGAUUUGCUGUCUUGCUAAAAGUAUUGGACAGCAGGGUAAGCGGAAUCCCGGAUUUGAUGCGUCCUUAGUGCAUACAGAUACAUGUCUCAGAGCUUCAAUAGCCCCAUUGCUGUGGUGUUUGUUGAUGAAGCUUUUUUGCUCUGGCAGUGAAUUGGUCAGACAAAUUAUUUCUACUUGUGUUAGUUGUGUAAUAGGUUCAGCUAAACUGUGGCUCAUUGGAGAAAGUAGAUAUGCUUCCAGUUUGGAUGUUUUUCAGUGAAGCCUCAAGUUUAUAAAAUAGAAACUUACAGGACCACUUAACCUAAAAUGCAAGAUGCCUUACAUAAAACAACUACUAAUAACAUUAAUACUAUUAUAUAUUGAGGCUAACAUAACAUAAGAUAUUUCACCUUCUUUACAUUUGAAGCUUAAGGAGUAUUCUCUCACAUAAAACACAAUGUACUAAAAGGAAAACUGCAGUUUUCAGAAUUUGCCCGCAUUUCCUAUAUGUACCAAGCUCCAGAAUAUGAUACUUUCCUUAGCUUGGAACCAGUGGGGCGUUGCCCCAUAGAAGCCUAUGUGUUUCUUUCUGCUUUCCUGAGAGGAUCCUAAAUGUGAUGUAUAGGACAUUCUGCCCGUAUAGUGUAGCUAAAAGUAAUGGACUUCAGAGUAUUUCAUACUUGAACUGUCCAGGAGACCCCCAAAUUUUAGUGAUUUCUUCCAGGAGAGUAGGCUGGACCCUCUUUCUCAAACACGCCACCAUGGCCCCAGUGCGCAAAUUGCAACAUCCCACAGUGUGGUAUGGGACAACUUCCCACCCCUUUCUCCCUUCUAGGAUCUCCCGGAGGGCAUGAUACAAAAGUGGGGAAGUAUAGUGUAGUUCAGUGCGAUUACUGACAGGAAGUCAUCUGUGUAUAGAAAACUAUUCUCCUGAUCACAACAAGAAGCAUCUUUGGUUCUGAUAAGCUCCUAAAAAUGUCAAUUUGUGAGGUUGGUUAGUAACUGUUAUAUAAUCCAACUUGUAUUUUGGAUAUAAAGGUCCAUUAACACACACUCUUAUCUAUAGGAAAUACAGACACAAAAAUUUACCUUAUGGAAAGAAAUAUUUUUUUAAGUGGUCUCUAUCAGUAUAUUUCCCAACAAACUGUACAAGAAGUGGUUUACAAUGGAAAUGCAUUCAAGUUAUUAGAGUGUUGUUUAUUUAUAAUUUUUUUAAAAAUGACCAUAUUUCUUUUUACAGAUAUCUUGUUUGUUGUAUUCAACCAUCAAACAUCUUUUUUUCAAUCUGGUGGUGAUGUACUUUAAAAAAUACUAUUUUGUUACAAAUCAUAUUGUGCAUUAAACUGUACAGUAAUAUUUUGUAUUUCUAUUGAUUACAAAUGUAAAUAGGAGUGUUGUCAACAACAGGAAAAAAAUAAAAUAAAGUAAGUGGCACACACUGAAAGAUGUAGAUAUUUUGUUAUUUAUUUAAAGGAGUAUUUUAUGAAUUGAACAACAAAUGUCUUAAAUUUGACCAGUCUUAAAAACGUCAAAAAGUCUGAAUUAUUUCCUUGUAGUAGAAUGUGAUUUUUUAAUACUUAUUGCACUACCCUGUUUUUCUUUUAGCCUAACAAAUUGUGCCUUAGCUGUAAUUUUUUUUUUGUCUAGGGAAUUUUUUUUGUCCAAUAAGAUAUUUUUCAGAAAAACAGUGGAUGUACGGUAAAAUUGUAUUAUACCAAAAAAUAAAAAAAAAACACAAAAAAUUAACACCCAGCUGCGGUUGUACAUAAGUGCUUUCUGUCAUAUUGUGUUUUCAAAUGCGAAAUUUUCUCAAAAUAAAUAAAU